AAAAAUAGCAAUUUGCAUAGGACUCUCCUGCGAUCACAUCCUUCCAUGAUUCCAUUUCCUUCUGUAUAAAUAAAUCCCUUUCCAAUUCUGUCACGCAAUUCCAACCCCGUAAGUUUUUCAUUUUCAACAAAAGUCUUCUCUCUUUUUCUUCGCAACCCCCAAAGUCUCUAUCUUUCUAUAUCGCUCGCUCCAUCUCUCUCGUGGCAAUCCAACCACUCUGGUCUAUGGUGGUUGGCUUUCAGAUGACGAUCCAUUGCAAAUUAGUGUCUGGGUGGGAUUCUGAAACGUCAUUCUCACACUGAUCUGGGUAAGAGAAAAAUAAAUCAUAAACAGAGAGGGAGGGAGAGAGAGACAGCGAGCGAGUGAUUGUGCAUUAAAAAGGAAGACAAUGGAGGUUGAGAGGAUUAGGCAGCUUUUACUUCUUUGGUGUAGAAAAUCCUUCGUGGCCCUCGUGGGUGGUAAUCACACCGCCGCUAGGUUCUGUGCCCGCUAAAUCUCAAAAUGUUCUUAGUUGUUUUACCUUCGAUUCCUUCUUGAAUACAUUGCAAAAUUUGCAAUCUUCGGACUUUUUUCGCAUCUGGGUACCCGCCAAAUCGGCUCUUCGAGCUUUUCUUCUUGACCUGCAGAUCGGAUCUCACGUUUUCACAGAGCUUUUAUCGGAUUUUUUAUUAUUACGGAAGUGUUGAAAAGGAAACAGAUAAAUGGAAUUGGCUGGUGGAUAUACAGCCAAGGACCAGAGCAAGGUGAAGCACCUUCAUGGUGGAAGGAUGGGAUUGGAUUCCGAGACUCAUUUGGUGAUCAAGCUUCCUGAUUCCAAGGUAUUGCGCAUUAUUUCAAGGUCUGUUUUUCUGGGUUUGGUUAUUCUCACACUGCCCUGCAUUGGGUCCCUUUUGAGGGGAGUAAGUGUUUCUGAAUUAAAAUAUGAUACUCAAUCUGAAAUUUUCAAUUUUGAGCAAUUGGGUCAGCUUUUCCAUGAUUUAGCUGGUGAGGGCCUUCGCAGAAAAAGUGACAAGGCUCUCAUUGUGAGCCCUUUCAAUGUUGGUAUGAUUCACAAUCUUCAUCCUUUUGAUUAUAAUGUAUUUGACAUUGUUAUGGAUUCGGAUUUGGAGCGAAAAAGCUCAUUCUUGGACGAGUCUUUGGAUUUUGUCUUCGCAUUCAACUUGGUUGAUGCUAAAUUUGUAGAUCGCAUUUUGAAGAUUGGUGGCAUUGUGGCUGUUCCAUUAAGCAAUGACCCUUCAAAUGCUUUUAGACCGAAACCCAAUUACAAGAUCGUGUAUCUUCGUCGAUAUGCUUCCACGUUUGUGGCAAUGAGGAAAACCAGCCCGUCUUAUGAUUUGGCGGUGAAGUCUAGGCGGCUUUGCCAAUUCGAAACUGAGGCCAAGAAGACAGUGUUGAAGGGUCUAGAAGAUGUGGUGCUUGAGCCACCGAGACGUGUGUUGGCUAAAUCAAAUGAGUACUUGAAGAAGAUCAAGUUCCUUCCUAACUUGUUGGGUGAUUCUCUUCAAGGUUAUGACCGCCGAGUGUUUGUUUAUGUGGACUUAAAUGAGGACAACAGCGGCGUGACUGAGUGGUUUCAGCAAAACUAUCCAAAAAUGGAUAAAGAAUUUGAAGUUUACAACCUCGAAGUAGAGCCUGAAGAAGCUUCAAGCACAGCGGUGGCACCGCCACGAAAUGAUGUAUCGGAUUGGCUAAAGAAAAAUGUGAGGGAAGAGGACUAUGUUGUGAUGAAAGCAGAAGCAGAAAUGGUUGUGGAAAUGAUAAAGAAGAAGACAAUCUGCUUGGUAGAUGAAUUGUUUUUGGAGUGCAAUAAUGGAUGGUGGCAGAAAAAUGGAAAGACGUAUGGGAGCAAAAGGGCUUAUUGGGAAUGCAUUGCUUUGUAUGGAAGGGUGAGGGAUCUAGGAGUUGCUGUGCACCAGUGGUUUCUAUGAGAAAGAUAAAUUGAUAUAAGUAUAUAAAGUUUGCUGCUUUCUUCUGUCCGUGAAUAUUAUUCGAGAGAGUGAUAUUUGGGUUGGUUUUUCAACUUGUGGUAGAUUAAGUAGUUUGUUUAUGUUUUUUGUUGGUCUUGUAUGAAGCUUUUGUUUCUUUAGGUGUGUGUUCAAAGGGAGAAAGACUUUGAUUCUCCUUUUGACCAGUGGUGUAGUCUCUAUUUAUUUGAAUAAUAAUAAUAAUAAUAAUAAUAAUAAUAAUAAUAAUAA